UCGUUCAUACGUUUGUAUAUAUUAUGUGAAGAAAUAAUCUAUGUAGUGACAGGAAACUGUAAUUUACAAUUUUCUUUACGAGUUGGGUAGCUACAUUUACUGCGUCUAUGAUCGCCACAUGAACAAACGUCAUGAGGAAACUUAAUAGUGUAUUGCAAAGAGUAGACACAUCCCACACUUUUAUAUUCUACACAUAGAAGAACCUAGGUAAUAGUACCUGGGAGCAAAGGACAUCCAUGGCAUACGUAGUGAUGCAAAAUAACGAGGUGGGGAGAGGGUCAACCAGUGGAUGACGGAGCAGAUUGCUCGAAGUCCACGACAGCUGAGAAAGCAAAAGGAUUUGAGACAAUCAGUCGCACGCUGAAAACCUCCGCAAGACGAUAUACGUCUUCCUUACCCAAGAGGUUAGCUCAGUGCGAUGGUUCUAGGUGACGUCGACUACCGAUAAUCAAAAUUGAGACGCGAUGGCGACAGGUAAGCGACGCAGCAUCCACACAUCGUCCGGAAACUCCGGCUCUUCUAGUUAUUCCGGCAGUGGUCCACGUUCGAGCCGAAUGAACUUCCGGCCGAGCAACACGCAACAGGAGGACCGUGGUGGUACUCGGCCGACUGCAGCACCGAGCUCGAUCGGCCUUAUCCUGGUCACCAUGCUGCUGCACGUUUGCAAGAAGUCCCUGCUGUUUGACACCCGGCUCAAGGUGGCCAUCUACUGCGGCACGAUAUUCAUCGUUUCCCUGAUCGCAGACUUCAUCGCGAUGCCGCGUACCUAUUUCUCCAGAUCCGAUAAUGCCCUGAAUCAGUACUUCGUCAAGUGGGGCUGGGGCUGGCUGCUGUCCAUAAUUGUACCCUGGGUCGUCUUGACAGCGCAUACACUGGGUUGUGGCCGUCGACCAAUUCUACUGAGACACUUGGCCCGCAUUAUACUUGCCACUUGUGCCUGGUUGAUCUGGACAAAGCUGUUCAAUUAUAUUGAAACCAACUAUGGCAGAUGUCUGGGCACCCGUGACAUUCACGUGCAGUCUAAGGCAAAGUGUCUGCAGUCAGGUAGAUUCUGGAGUGGUCUUGAUAUAUCUGGACAUACAUUUAUUUUAAUUUAUUCAAGCCUCAUUCUUGCUGAAGAAGGUUCCUCUCUGGUAGGAUGGGAGGGUAUCAAGGAUUUGAUAAUGAGAGAAGAGCACACGCGGUCUGUGCCAACUGAGACUAGCACUGGCCCGUUGCGUAAUCUCUCAGAUGAUGAUCUGGGGUUCUUGAAAAAGGCUCAUCGGGCACUCACGCCGUAUCUACGUGGUCUUUUUGUGGCAAUGACAUUGCAGCAGCUACUGUGGGAUAUCAUGUUAGUGUCAACAAUGCUUUACUAUCACAUUAUGAUCGAGAAAUUCCUGGGUGGCGCAGCUGCGAUCAUUACGUGGUAUGUUACAUAUCAAUGGUGGUACAAGCUGCCCAAGAUUGGCCUGCCAGCACCUGGCGAUGGUAUCUUUAAAUACAACGAGAUAAAGAUUAAUCCAGAGAUCAACACCAGAGUGAGACGUAGCACGCUGAACGGCACCAAUCAACCAAGGUUUAUGGGAAUGCCGAUCAGAACAAUACAAGAGUCCUCAGAACUGAAUUCGUCGAUCAGACAAGCGGAUCUCGAUGCAUCUGUCACGAGGGGAUAAAAACAUCCUCAGUGAACGGAUCACGGAUUGGCACUCUUGUUUCCUUGAUACUUAAAGUGCAAUUUGGUGAUCGCGUAGCAUGGACCAUCUUUUACAUAGAAAUUGAAUAUUCUGAGAAUAUCCAAACACUUAUAAUGUCUUAUUUAAUGUCUGAUUUACGAAAUUUCCAUUUCUAGAUACUUAAAUAAUUGAAACGUUGCACCGUGGCGAAUAUAUAAAAAGUGUAUAUACAUAUAAUAUUUAAAUAAGUAAUCUGGAAAUAUAUAGGGCUCUCUUAUGUUUAGUACAAAGAUUGAUUUGAAUAUAAGAAUUAUAAAAUAUAUAAUUUCGUCUGAAAAAUACGGGUGCCUUCCUUCAGUUUUCUAUUCGUAAGCAAAGGAUUUCAAACACUCAUGUAUACAUUGGAAUUUGGAUUGGAACAAUCAAGUUCGUUUAAACUUGGAAUGGUUUUAAGUUCUACUUUGCUUUCAAAUUAUUUAUAAUUAUAAGAUAAUAAACAGGAGUGUGUGCCUGUUUUUUCGGUUCUGGAAUGUUGUUAAGAAAAAAAAGACACAUUAUUUAUUUGUAUAGAAUUUAAAGUCGGUGUCUUUGAUAACACUCUUUUGUUUUGUACUUACUAUUUAAUAAAGACUGUUGUUAACAAAGCGUCUGUUUUUCUUAAGUUAACAGUGUUUACGACAUGAAAUUAACAUAGAGUUUAUAUGCCAUGCUAUAUUUAUACACGGAAGAAAAGUACAAAAUAUAUAGUUCUUAUUAUGAAAUCUUCCUCAUGAGUAGUACAAUCGCUGUAUAUUUGAGAGAAUAUAUUCCCUGUUAUUCGUAAAAUUAUUCUUCCGCAUUGUUAGACGAAAGAUCGUCUAAUAUCGCAGGUCACUUAUCAUUUUUAUUGAAUGCUUUUAAUUUGGCAAUUAAUAAAAGAACCAUGUUUAUGAAUUGUGUCGUGAAAAAUAACAUUCGCUUAAAAAAAGAAAACAGUUCAUCGUGAGAUAUAACAAAACAGAUACAUAACUUGCAAAAUUUAUCCUUUUGUUACAGAUUGAACCUCUUUGUCUAUUAAUGAAAAAUAAUAUAACAUAUAUUUCUGAUUGAUUACUACUAAAUUGUAGCAAAAUCAACAUCUACUU